AUGAUUCAAUUCAAAGAUAUACUUCUUCAAGCAAAGAGAUUAAUCGUUACAACAAUAUCACGUGUAAAGCACAUUAUCAACGUACCAAAGGGCCACUUCGCAGUAUAUGUUGGAGAAGACGAAAAAAAGACGAAGAGAUUCGUCGUGCCAAUCUCUUACCUAAACCAUCCUUUGUUUCAAGCUCUGUUGCAUCAAGCCGAAAAUGAAUUUGGCACAGAUCAUUCGAGGAAAUGUCUGACGAUCCCUUGUGCUGAAGAUGUUUUCAUUGACGUCACGUCCCGUUUAAAUCGUUAG